CAAGAAUAUCAAGAGAGAAUACAUGAAAUAGAGAGACGACCAGCCAAAACAGUUGUGCAAGAGGUAAUUUGAAUAAAAUCAUGUGUACAUACGUUACACUACUCUCAUUCUAGGUUGUACGCGAGGAUACCACUAGAAUCGACCACUUAGAGCGAAGUAUUCAAGAAUAUCGAGAGAGAAUACAUGAAAUAGAGAGACGACCAGUCAAAACAGUUGUCCAAGAAGUAAAUUCGAUAAACUCAUGUCUACGUUCGUUACAAAACUCCGAUUAUAGGUUGUACGCGAGGAUACCACUAGGAUCGAACAGUUAGAGCGCACUAUUCAAGAAUACAGACAAACUAUUAGCGAACUUAAACAACGACCAGUCAAAACAGUUGUGCAAGAAGUAAAUUCGAUAAAAUCAUGUGUACAUUCGUUAAAAAACUCUCAUUAUAGGUUGUACGCGAGGAUACCACUAGAAUCGCUCUGUUGGAGCGUAGUAUACAAGAAUAUCGAGAGAGAAUACAUGAAAUAGAGAGACGACCAGCACAGACCAUUGUGCAAGAAGUAAUUCGGAUAGAAUCAUGUGUACAUUAGUUACACUACUCUCAUUAUAGGUUGUCCGUGAGGAUACCACUAGAAUCACCCAGCUGGAGCGAAGUAUUCAAGAAUAUCAAGAGAGAAUUUAUGAAUUAGAGAGACGUCCAGUCAAAACCGUUGUGCAAGAAGUAAUUUAAAUAAACUCAUGUGUAUAUUCGUUACACUACUGUCAUUAUAGGUUGUACGCGAGGAUACCACUAGAAUCGAACAGUUAGAGCGUAGUAUUCAAGAAUAUCGAGAGAGAAUACACGAAAUAGAGAGACGACCAGUACAAACCAUUGUGCAAGAAGUAAAUUGGAGAAAAUCAUGUCUACAUUCGUUACAAAACUCUGUUUAUAGGUUGUACGCGAGGAUACCACAAGAAUCGACCAGCUAGAGCGAACUAUAAAAGAAUACAAACAAACUAUUAGUGAACUUAAACAACGACCAGUAAAAACAGUUGUCCAAGAAGUAAUUUGCACAGCAUCAUGUGUACAUAUUUUAAGUUACUCUCAUUAUAGGUUGUACGCGAGGACACCACAAGAAUCGCCCAGUUAGAGCGUAGUAUUCAAGAAUAUCAAGAGAGAAUUUAUGAAAUAGAGAGACGACCAGUAAAAACAGUUGUCCAAGAAGUUGUCCGUGAGGAUACCACUAGAAUCGCCCAGUUGGAGCGAAGUAUUCAGGAAUAUCAAGAGAGAAUUUAUGAAUUAGAAAGACGACCAGUCAAAACAGUUGUCCAAGAAGUUGUACGCGAGGAUACCACCAGAAUCGAGCAGUUAGAGCGAACUAUUCAAGAAUACAGACAAACUAUUAGCGAACUUAAACAACGACCAGUAAAAACAGUUGUGCAACAGAUUGUACGCGAGGAUACAAGCAGAAUCGCACAGUUAGAGCAAAUUAUUAGCGAACUUAAACAACGACCAGUAAAAACAGUUGUGCAAGAGGUUGUACGCGAGGAUACAAGCAGAAUCGCCCAUUUAGAGCAAAUUAUUAGCGAGCUUAAACAACGGCCAGUGAAAACAGUCGUGCAAGAAGUUGUCCGUGAGGAUACGACUAGAAUCGACCAGUUAGAGCGAAGUAUUCAAGAAUAUCAAGAAAGAAUUCGUGAAAUAGAGAGACGACCAGUAAAAACAGUUGUACAAGAGGUUAUACGCGAGGAUACUAGUAGAAUCGCCGAGUUAGAGCUGGCUAUUCAAGAAUAUAGACAAACUAUUAGUGAACUUAAACAACGGCCAGUUAAAACUGUUGUACAAGAAGUUAUACGUGAGGAUAGUAGUAGAAUCGCCGAGUUACAGCUGGCUAUUCAAGAAUAUAGACAAACUAUUAGUGAACUUAAACAACGACCAGUAAAAACAGUUGUGCAAGAAGUUGUUCGUGCGGAUACCACUAGAAUCGACCAGUUAGAGGGGAGUAUUCAAGAAUAUAAACGACAAAUAAGUGAAUUAAUUUCUGCCAGAGAUUAUGGUAGUUCCAGUACUGUUCGAAGUUCACAAGAACAUAUAAAUGUUAAUUUCCAUAUUUCAUGUGACGAAAAUGAAUUAAAAGAUGAAAACGACUUGAUGGUUGAACAAUUACGAGGUCAAUUAAUAGCGAUGAAACAAACUUUACAACACACAAUAACUGAUACAAAUGAUGAAAUCAAACAAUUACGACAAAAAAUAAUGGAUCUAGAACAAGAAUCAAGGACAAAAGUAACAUAUGAAGUCACUAGUGAUUCGAAUAGUUUACGAUCAGAAAUUCAAGACAAAGAACAUGAAAUAAAUGCAUUGAAAAGAAAGCUUGACGAUAAUGCAAGUGAAAUUACAAGACUUCGACAAACAACAGUUUAUCGUGCUGAACCAGCGCGAGUGCAAGGUAAAAAUACGAUGCCUAUAAUUCGACAUUCAAGUAAAGAUUUUUUUUCGAGUUAUUUAUACAUAAUUGGAUAG